AUGGCAGCGCCGGUAGGCGACGUCCGUCAAUGGCCGCAAGGUGCCGUAUCGAAUUGGCUGCAUCAAUGUGGCUUGGAGCAGUAUGCUCAGCUGUUUGUCGACAAUGACAUUGAUGGCGAGGCGCUGGUGCUGAUGGAUGACGCGGUGCUGCGUGAUCUGGGCAUCACGUCCAUCGGACACCGUGUGACGCUCCUCUCCGAGAUUCAUCGGCUCAAGGAAGCAAAUGGCAUCCCUAUUGAGCCAGGUGACUGGAUUCCGCAAGGCUACGAAGCACCCACGACGCAGCCUGCGCCUUGGAAGCGUGAUGAACAUGAACAAGAGGAGCGUAUACGGAUGCUGGAAAACCGUGUAGCGCAGAUGAGCACGUCGCUUUUGCGUCUGCAUGAAGACUUGGUGGCCUUGGCGCGCGCGACAGGACGUGGCGAUGUCGUGCAUACGGCCGUGUGGCAGGAUCCCUCGCUGCCUUCACAACGCCAUUCCCAGGUACCUUUUCCGGAUCCUGUGCCGAUGACUGCGGCACCCACAGGCGGUGUUAGCGCGACCCCCGCAUCGACGCUGGCCUCGCCCGUCUCGUCCCGGCCAUGGACGGCGGAAAGGAGCACGCCAUCCCCACGAACGCAUGAGCCCUUUGCGCCUCUUCUUGAUGCGGUGUCGUCGUACUUACGCGCCCGCGGUGUCGCAGAUCCCCCGUCCGUGGUGGUGCGAGAGCACCAUGGGCAUGUGGACGACUCGUGCUCCAUAUUGCUGCCAUACGCCCUGCAAUGCUUCCAUGUCCGUGAAGAUUGGCACCAGUUUGUCCUCUUUGUCGUGGCAGGCACGACGGAGCGGUGUAUAUCCUACGACGAGAAGCCGCUCUUACUCCUCCAUCGCAUGCGAGAAACGAUGCCCGAAGCUGUGUUGCAGCUUCGGUCUGUGUGUGAGUUGGAGUCGCCCAUGAUUAUUUCGCAGCGCAAACUGGUCGCCAAGCGCAAAGAACGGAGCCUCUCUGAACCUCUGAAGCAUGAAGCGAUGCGUCUUCGUGCUAUGCCGCCCGAUGCACCGUCCCAACCGGGCUUGCGGGUGUGUACGGUCCAGGCAUGGCUCAGUACGCCGCAUGGCGCCGAGUCGUUGGGCACUGCCCACACAGUGGGUCCCGCUGCCGACUUGCCGCGUGGGCCUGUUUCGUACGCGGUAGCGAUUUACCCGUACGAGUCAGAGCGUGAAGAUGAGUUUGACGUGCACGUAGGUGAUACGUUCAUUGUCCUAUCCAAGGCCAAGGGAUGGUGGGCGUUACGUCGUGACUCUGCGGCGGAUGGACGUGGCGAUGUAUGGAUUGCGGAUGCGGCGCAUGGCACCGUCGAAGUGUGGACGGGGUGGGUGCCUGCUGGGUGCCUGCUGGAGACGACGCGGCCGCUGGUGGACUUUAUGCCGCCGUUGCAGUCGCCACGCCCAGCCACGGAAUCGAUGCUUGAGUAUUGGUACCGCAUGAUGAUGGAAGUCCCGAUUCCGCUGGCGGUGGUCGUGAGCACAAGUACCAUGGCGACAGUGCUUAUGGACUACGAGACGCCUGAUCAUUCUUUGCAGGUAAGGACGGGUGACCGUGUACGUGUAUUCAAGCGAUACAAUUUCUGGUCGUACUGCAUUCUAGACGGCCUUCGGCCUGUGCGUGGCUGGCUUCCCAGCUGGAUUGUGUCGCGCCGUGGCGGGCCCAUGACGCCCCAUAAUCGUAGCUUUAGUGCCGGGGACGGAAUGGCACGUACGACGACGUCCAAGUGGCUUCCGGCGCGUGUACAGAUGGCGCCGGGCACAUCACAUAGCAUAGGGCCGUAA